GAGAGGCUGAGGAGGGAAGCGAGGCGGACGGGCGGACGGACGGGCGGAGGAGGAGGAGGAAGAGGAGGAGGAAGGCAGACCGGGCUGGGCCUGACGGCGGCAGAAGGAGCCGGAGGAGGACUCGAAGGAGGACUCGGGCGGAGAAGAUGGCGGACGGGGACAGCGGAAGCGAGCGAGGCGGCAGCGGCAGCGGCAGCGGGGGAGGCGGCGGCGGCGGAGGAGGAGGUGGAGGAGGCGGAGGCGGAGGCGGCUUCCAGGGCCACCGUGGAGGCGGCGGCGGCGGGCCCGGCCCCGGCCCGGAGCAGGAGACGCAGGAGCUGGCCUCGAAGCGCCUGGACAUCCAGAACAAGCGCUUCUACCUGGACGUCAAGCAGAACGCCAAGGGCCGCUUCCUGAAGAUCGCCGAGGUGGGCGCGGGGGGCUCCAAGAGCCGCCUUACCCUCUCCAUGGCCGUGGCCGCCGAGUUCCGAGACUACCUGGGCGACUUCAUCGAGCACUACGCGCAGCUGGGACCCAGCAGCCCCGAGCAGCUGGCCCAGGCCUCCCCGGGCGGCGAGGACGGCGGCGGCGGGGUCGGCGGGCCCCGGCGGGCCCUCAAGAGCGAGUUCCUGGUGCGCGAGAACCGCAAAUACUACCUGGACCUCAAGGAGAACCAGCGGGGCCGCUUCCUCCGCAUCCGCCAGACCAUCAACCGCGGGCCCGGCGGAGGAGGAGGAGGCGGCGGCGGCGGCGGGGCCGGCUUCCCCGGCGGGCCUCCGGGCCUCCAGAGCGGCCAGACCAUCGCCCUGCCGGCCCAGGGCCUCAUCGAGUUCCGCGACGCGCUGGCCAAGCUGAUCGACGACUACGGCGCCGACGAGGACGAGCUGGGCGGCGGCGGCGGCGGCGGCGGAGGGCCCGGCGGAGGUCCCGGAGGCGGCGGCGGGGGAGGCUUGUACGGGGAGCUGCCCGAAGGCACCUCCAUCACGGUGGACUCCAAGCGCUUCUUCUUCGACGUGGGCUGCAACAAGUACGGCGUCUUCCUGCGCGUCAGCGAGGUGAAGCCUUCCUACCGCAACGCCAUCACGGUGCCCUACAAAGCCUGGGCCAAGUUCGGCGGCGCCUUCUGCCGCUACGCCGACGAGAUGCGCGACAUCCAGGAGCGGCAGCGGGACAAGCUCUACGACCGGCGCGCGGGGCCGGCCGGGCCGGGCAGCGGCAGCGGCGCAGGGGACGACUCCGACGGGGAUGAUGUGGACGACGACUGAGCCUCUCCUCCUUCCUCUCUUCCUCUUCCUCCUCCUCCUCCUCCUCUCUAAACGAUAACAACACCCACCCACCCACCCACCCAAUUUCCCUCCCCAGCAGCCGCCGAGGGGUGGGGGUGGUUUCCCAUGGGGAGAAGGAGCGGAUGGAAAUGGGGCGCAACCCGAUCCUACUCUUUCCUUCUCCCCGAGGGGGGAGAGAGAGGGGGGGGAAAGCCCUGCCUGCCCGGCCUCCACCCACCCACCCACCCACCGCUUUCUGGAGCAGCCCCCCUCCCGAAUUGGCCUCCUUUUCCCAGGGCUCCCCCUCCCUCCAGGAUGCAGCAUCUGUCCCUGAGUUGCCCCGGCUUUAAUCUCUCCCCCCCUCCCAACCCAGAGAGAGAGAGAGAGAGAGAGGGGUGGGGGGGAAUCCCCACGACCUCAGUUAACCUCCCUCCUGGCCUGCAGAGUGGCGAAAAGGAGGUUCCUUUCCACCCCUGAAAACUGGGAUCCGCUCCACCAAGGGAUCUGCUCUGGCUUCCCAAGGCUUCUCAUCUGCCCCAACAGCUGAAAUGUGUGGCGUCGUCUUCUUUUUCCCCCCCACUUCCCUCCCCCUCACCCACCCAUCCUUCCCCCUCCUUCCCUCCCUCCCUUCCUUUCAUUUCUUUCUUUCUUAAUUUAUUGGAGGGGGUUGAAAUGGGGAGAGAAUUUCAUCUGAUCUCCUUCUCCCUUUCUCCUCGGGUGCCCUCCCCUCUCCUGCAUUUUGAGAUCUCGUGUUCCUCUUCCUCCUCCUCCUCCUCUUCCUCCUCCGCUCUCGAAACCAGCAUUCUGGAGACUGCAUGGCCACCGAGCACAGUUUGGAAAAAGGAAGACGAUGAAGCUGGCACAGCUAUCCAAAUCCAGCAGCCUAACCGGGCAAGUUGUUUUU